CCUCGCCCCUUUUUUCUAGCAGAACUGGGUUUUCUCUCCGAGCGCGCCGCAUUUCUUGGACUUUGAUUCAAAUAGUCAAUACAUCGAAAUUCUUUUCGCGUUUUUGCUUCGGUUUAUUUAUCUUUUUGCUCCUUGGCCUGUUUCUGUUUCUGCUUUUUAAAGUCAGAUCUGGUCUACUAGUAGGUCCAUUCAUUCAUUCAUUCAAAAUUUCAGUCUUUAUAAAUAUAUAUACAUAUAUAUAUAAUAAAAAAAAUCCCUAGUCUUCUCAAGGAUCAGCUGAUUUUUAUAAAGAAAUCGUCUGGACGUUUUUUUCUUCUUCUUACUGAAAGGAUCUUCAGGCAUCCUAAGACAUCUUCAAAAGCUUUAAAAUGCCCGAGAUGAGAGAUUUCAACAAUGUUCCAGAAGAUGACAGCAGCAGCUCAAACAGCAGUGAAUACCCAUGCCCAAAGAAGGUGCCACUGGAUGGCCAAUACCCCGAUUUUGACGCAGAGUGCCAAAACUUCCUCCCUGAACACACGGGCAAGAAGAAGUAUGCUACUGAAUCUCACCAGGGUAGUGCCUCCUUUGGCAUGUCCGUCUUCAACCUGGGCAACGCCAUCAUGGGCAGUGGCAUCCUGGGUCUGUCCUUUGCCAUGGCCAACACUGGCAUCGCCCUGUUUGUGAUUCUUCUUGCGUCUGUCGCCAUCUUCUCCUUGUAUUCUGUGCACUUGUUGCUGAAGACGGCCAAUGAAGGGGGCGCACUGGUGUACGAGCAGUUGGGUUACAAAGCCUUCGGGACACCGGGGAAAUUCGCAGCCUCCCUCUCCAUCACCAUGCAGAACAUUGGAGCCAUGUCGAGCUACCUCUACAUCGUGAAAUACGAGCUGCCCACUGUUAUAAAAGCUUUCACAGGAGCCAACGACGAUCAAUGGUACGUCAACGGUGACUACCUGGUGUUGCUGGUUAGUGUUGGCAUUAUCCUGCCCCUGUCGCUGCUAAAGAACUUAGGUUACCUUGGUUACACAAGUGGUCUGUCACUGCUGUGCAUGGUCUUUUUUCUGAUUGUGGUGAUCAUCAAAAAGUUCCAGAUCCCAUGCCCUCUCCCUGAUAUUCACGAUGACAACUUGACUCAUUCGUUGAACAUCUCACACAGCUCACACAGCGACAAUACUUCUGACGAGGACACCUGCAAGCCAAAAUACUUUAUCGUCAACUCACAGACUGUUUAUGCUGUCCCUAUUAUUACCUUCGCCUUUGUGUGCCACCCCGCCAUCCUGCCCAUGUACGACGAGCUCAAAGACCGUUCCCGCAAGAAGAUGCAGAAUGUCGCCAAUGUUUCUUUCCUGGCUAUGUUCAUCAUGUACCUGCUGGCUGCCCUUUUUGGAUACCUGACUUUUAACCAGCACGUGGGAGAUGAGCUGCUGCAUACCUACACCAAAGUGUACAAGUUUGAUGUGCUCCUGUUGAUUGUCCGUCUGGCCGUGCUGACCGCCGUCACCCUUACUGUCCCUGUUGUCCUCUUCCCUAUUCGUACCACUGUCAACCACCUCCUGUGCCCUUCUAAGGAAUUCAGCUGGGUUCGCCACACUGCCAUCACUGUGUUCUUGCUGGCUGGCACAAAUGCCCUGGUUAUUUUCGUUCCCACCAUCAGGGACAUCUUUGGCUUUAUAGGAGCUUCUGCUGCUGCCAUGCUCAUCUUCAUCCUGCCUUCAGCUUUCUACAUCAGACUGGUCAAGAAAGAGUCCAUGAAGUCUAGGCAAAAGAUCGGGGCAUUAGUCUUCCUCGUUCUCGGUAUCGUGGUCAUGCUUGGCAGCAUGACCCUCAUCAUCCUGGACUGGAUCAAGAACGCCACAAGCGACAGCGGACACUAAACCUCCAGCUCUCCUGCUGUUUGCUGCUGGCUCUUCGACAUCCUUGUAACCAACAUCAAACCUAUUGUAAACAAAGAAAAACACAAGAACUCACUUCAUGUUCAGCAUUGACUCGCUGAGCGACGGACCAUGCCAUUCCAAGAGAAUGUAUCUGAACUUUGUACAGUAUGCUGUGAUAGACCACAACGUCAGCGUUUUACUUUUUUGUUUGUUUCUGUUUUUAUUCCAACUUUUUUCAUUGUCAUUUUUGCUCAUUUUUAUUCUUCGUGUUUUGAUAGUUUGAGGUAUGGGGCUUUGUUUUGCUUUUAUUUUUGAAUAGUUACUAAAGGUACAGCUGAAAACAAAAUUCUUUUAACGUGCCUCACGCCACAGAAGAAAUAGUCAUAGAGUUCAAAAUAGAGCUUAUGCUCAGGUACGCUGCAACUGUCCUCUGAGCUCGGCAACAAUAGAUCCUGCUGACAAAACAAAAGAAAAACCUUGUGAAUUUUCCAAAUCCUUACAAGUGGGAACAGACUUAGUUACGUUCUUUACAACAGUUUUUCUUUUUUUUAACUUUGCCAAAACUGUGUUUGUAAAGCAUAAUUAUAUAGUGAAAAGCACUUAAAAUCAGCACACUUGUCAGUUUUCACAGGCAAGGCCUAACACAGCCUAUUUCAGUAUUUGUACCAAGCCUCUGCAACCUUGUUAACAGUGUCAGCUUUCCUUGUAAAACUGUGCGUCACUCAACAGAACCUGCCCUUUCAAACCCAGCACUGGGCGCUGCAGAGGUUCUUGCGUGAGGUCUCUCCUGAAACUGUAUUUAGUCUUUAUAACCUGCUGAAGGUCUGCGCAGCGACGACACUACUGCUUUGAGAAGGCCUGCGAGCCUCCCGGUUCCACUUCCCCCACUCAGGGGUUGUGGGAAACUUGAAAUUUUUUCUUUAUGGGAGAAUACUUUGAAUUUUGACCACAUGCCGUGAUACCUGUU